GAAGUGGGUAUGGCUAACAGACGAAAAAACAAAAAAAAAGGUGCGUAUUUAUCAAUAAUUUACAGAAAGAAUAUAAUAAUAUAUAAAAAGAAAAACUAUAAAAUGAGGUGGCUCAACCAAUUUAAUAACCAAAACAAGUCGCACGCUAAAAUAUUUCCCAUGAAAUUGGUCUAUCCAACAGCUUUACUGUAAUUUAAUCCUUUCAUUUCUCCCUAUUUAAUCACAUCGUCAUCGUAUCUUAAACAUGUUUUUCUUCAUUUCAUAAAUUUAAUUUCCCACCCCCUCACUUUUUACAAAUUCCAAAUUUCCUCCCCGAACAUUUCUCUCAAAUCUCAAUACUCCUCUCCAUUUCUUAUUCGCGAUUUCCUCGUGUAUGCUUCAAGCUUAAAUCCCCUAAUCCCUCUACAAACCCUUUUUUUUCUUCUUAAAAAUUUCUUUUUGGAUGGAGAGAGUUAUAGGAAACAAGUACAAGCUAGGUCGCAAACUUGGAAGUGGAUCGUUCGGUGAAGUCUAUCUAGCUAGCCAUAUUAACAGUGGUGAAAUUGUCGCUGUCAAGAUUGAAAAUAGCAAGACAAAGCAUCCACAAUUGUUAUAUGAAGCUAAGUUGUAUAGUAUUCUUCAAGGGGCAAGUGGUGUGGCGAGCAUAAGAUGGUGUGGUGUGGAUGGGGAUGAUAAUGCGCUCGUCCUUGAUUUGCUAGGACCAAGUUUGGAAGAUUUGAUUGUCUAUUGUGGAAGGAAAUUUUCACUUAAAACAGUGUUGAUGGUGGCUGAUCAGAUGAUUUCAAGAAUAGAAUACUUACAUUCUAAAGGGUUUUUGCAUAGAGAUAUCAAACCAGAUAACUUUCUUAUGGGUCUUGGGAAGAAAGCUAAUCAGGUGUACAUCAUUGAUUUUGGACUAGCGAAAAGAUAUAGGGACUCAACAACAAAUCGCCAUAUUCCUUACAGAGAGAACAAAAACUUAACUGGGACUGCACGCUAUGCAAGUUGCAAUACUCAUCUUGGAAUUGAGCAAAGCCGCCGGGAUGAUCUGGAGUCUCUUGGUUAUGUUCUCUUGUACUUCUUGAGAGGAAGCCUUCCGUGGCAGGGUCUGAAAGCAGCAACAAAGAAGCAAAAGUAUGAUAAAAUAUGUGAAAAGAAGUUAUCAACUCCAAUUGAGGUCUUAUGCAAGUCACAUCCUGUGGAGUUUGCUUCCUACUUUCAUUAUUGCCACUCCUUAACAUUUGAUCAGCGACCUGAUUAUGGUUUUCUGAAGCGCCUUUUUCGUGACUUGUUUGCUCGCGAAGGAUAUGAAUUUGAUUUUGUUUUUGACUGGACAAUUCUAAAGUACCAAUGGACACAAAAGAGGAAGGCCCAAGCUCAAACAUCGAGUUUUCAGCCAGGUUCUGGAAUAACAAGCAGUCAAGCUAUCGCUAUGGAUCUGGAUAAGCAAAAAGGGCUCAGUGGCAAUUCUUGCUCAGGUGAAAUUGCAGAACAUAGGAUAUCAAGCAAUGCCGUUCAUCCUGAUGUUCAUUCACAAUUACGAAGGUCUCAGAAGUUAGGCACUGAUAAUCCAGUUGACAAACACAUUGUUACAAAUGCACCAACAGCAUCUACUUCAUUUGCUAUGCCCAACUCUUUUGGGAGAUAUAUAAAGAAAGUAGAAGCUACAACUGAAGAUUCAAAUAUUGGUCCUAGAAUAGGGAAUAGAAAUGGUGCCAGCAGCUUGAUGAGAAUUUCUUCUGCUAAGUAAUAAAUGCAGAUUCGAGGGACAAAAUCCAGGUACUAUGGUGUCGCUAUCAUAAAAGUUUGGCUUGAUCUCUUCAACCCGAGAAUCUUGGUUUGCUCAAUUUAUCAUUCACAAGGCAACUGCAAAGUACAGACACAUUGGAUGAUGCUGGGCCCUAGCCCAUGGCAGCUUGGAUUUUUUACUGUGUGCAUGGAUGGAAAAAGAUUAAGCCUGUUAAAUGUUCAGUUGUUGAUGAAUGAUAUGUAUAGUGUCUCAUCCAUCCUCCAUUAAUAGAUCACAAAGUUUCUUGGAUGUUGUACGGGUAUUUUGACUAUGUAUUUUAUUCAUGAUAAAGUUGCUGCCCAUUUUUAUUGCAUUA